CCUUUCCAGGUUCCUCUCCCGGUGAACCGGAUGCUCUGUUUGCUUCCUCCUCUGAGUCCUCGUCAGCCGCGAGUGUCCCUGGCAAAGCCUCAGGCACCCACGAGGGCACAGGCUCCCCGCGGCUGCUCGAGUAGGUGUGGGGCGCGGGUAGGAGCUGGGCGCGCACGGCUACCGAGCGUGGAGGAGACACUGCCCUGCGGCGAUGGGUGCCAAGGGCGCUCCUUCACGCCGGAGGCAGACGGGGCGGCGGCUGAGGUACCUGCCCACCGGGAGCUUUCCCUUCCUCCUCCUCCUCCUGCUCCUCUGCAUUCAGCUGGGUGGAGGACAGAAGAAAAAAGAGAAUCUUUUAGCUGAAAAAGUAGAACAGCUAAUGGAAUGGAGUUCCAGGCGCUCAAUCUUCCGGAUGAAUGGUGAUAAAUUCAGAAAAUUUAUAAAGGCACCACCUCGAAAUUAUUCUAUGAUUGUUAUGUUCACUGCUCUUCAGCCUCAGCGGCAGUGCUCUGUAUGCAGGCAAGCCAAUGAAGAAUAUCAAAUACUGGCAAAUUCCUGGCGCUAUUCAUCUGCUUUCUGUAAUAAACUCUUCUUCAGCAUGGUGGACUACGAUGAGGGGACAGAUGUUUUUCAACAGCUUAACAUGAACUCUGCUCCAACAUUCAUGCAUUUUCCUCCAAAAGGCAGACCCAAGAGAGCUGAUACUUUUGACCUUCAAAGAAUUGGAUUUGCAGCUGAACAAUUGGCAAAGUGGAUUGCUGACAGAACUGAUGUCCAUAUUCGAGUCUUCAGACCACCCAAUUAUUCUGGAACUAUUGCUUUGGCUCUGUUAAUCUCGCUUGUUGGUGGUUUGCUUUAUUUAAGAAGGAACAACUUGGAGUUCAUCUAUAACAAGACUGGUUGGGCUAUGGUGUCUCUGUGCAUAGUUUUUGCUAUGACUUCCGGCCAGAUGUGGAAUCAUAUUCGUGGACCUCCAUAUGCUCAUAAGAACCCACAUAAUGGCCAAGUGAGCUACAUUCAUGGAAGCAGCCAGGCUCAAUUUGUGGCAGAGUCACACAUUAUUCUGGUACUAAAUGCUGCAAUCACCAUGGGAAUGGUGCUUCUGAACGAAGCAGCUACAUCCAAAGGAGAUGUUGGAAAAAGAAGGAUAAUUUGCCUAGUGGGAUUAGGCCUGGUGGUCUUCUUCUUCAGUUUUCUACUGUCAAUAUUCCGUUCCAAGUACCAUGGCUAUCCUUAUAGUGAUCUGGACUUUGAGUGAGAAGAUGUGAUUUGGACCAUGGCACUUUAAAACUGUAACUUCAGCUUUUUAAUUAAAUGAAGCCAAGUGGGAUUUGCAUAAAGUGAAUGUUUACCAUGAAGAUUAAAGUGUUCCUGACAUACUAAUUGGAAUUCUUGAGUUCAUUUCCUUGUUGAUUGUGAUAAUUUAGCUUAUUCUUGUAAAAUUUUUAAGUGUGAAUUUUUCUAGUAAAUUUAAUUUAUAGCAGUGGAUGGUUAAAAUGAAUAUUGGCACUGCAAUGAGCAAAGGAAACACUGAAGUGUUUUUUCAAGCAUAUUAUGUUCUAUUAUGCUAUAGAUUGAAAUGAAUGAUCAUGUAAUAAUGAAUUUAUGUUGUAGAGCUGUUCACUAUUAAGAGAAACCACGAUGUUAGUAAGAGAAUUAAGUGUUAGAGAAUCCUUAGGGUUUUACAGAAAGACAAGGGAUAUGCAUGAAAAUAUGACAUACUGAAAUUAUACUUCUUGCAGUUUCAGUUAUAAAAGAUGUAUUUGGUGACAAA